UAAAACAAUUUAAUGUGCCAAUUUACAGAAGAUCUCAGACAUCACCAUAAUGAAUGAGCUGAAAACAGGGAACUUUUGGAGACAAAGAGGUUUUUCAGCUGCUCAGUUUAACACGAUGGCCCUGUACUUUUAAAAUGCAGAUUGGAUAAAAACACAGUGAUCACAGUUCACACCUGCAGUGAAGCCCCUCCCACAACAAUUCACCAAUAAAUACUGGGAAUAUUCCCAUCGUCCUACAAGAGAAGGACAAACUCCAGGAGUAGCAGCUGAAAUCUGUGUGACUGUUAAAGAUCGAGUUUAUUUAAGAGGAGAUUGAAGACAUGAGUGAUCCAGAACCAUCCAGAAUAAAACAUAAAGAUACUGAGGAACAAACAGACCAGGUGAGAGUGAAAGAGCAAAGACAAGAACUGAAUGAAGUGGAGGAGGAACAUCGUAACUUUACAAUUAAAAGAACAAAAGCCAAAAAGAUGCACGCCUGCUCUCAGUGUGGAACGAGUUUCACACAGAAAGGACACCUUAACAUACACAUGAGAAUUCACACUGGAGAGAAACCGUAUACAUGCACUCAGUGUGGAAAGAGUUUUACUCACGCAUCAGCUCUCAGUGUUCAUCUGCGCAUUCACUCUGGAGAAAAGCCAUUUAACUGUGAUCAGUGUGGUAAAGAUUUUAGUUCAUCAUCACAACUAAAUAAACACCUGAAAGUUCAUUCAGAUGAGAAGCCUUAUGUGUGUUCUCUCUGUGGAAAGAGUUUUUCACGUCUGAACGGUUUAAAACAGCACCAGAAAACACACAAUGAAGUGAGAGAUUAUAUGUGCUUUGACUGUGGGAAGAGCUUUACUAAAUCUGAGAAUCUGAAACGGCACCAAAGAAUUCAUACUGGAGAAAAACCUUUCAAGUGCUCAUAUUGUGACAAGAGAUUCACUCAGCCUGGUCACCUGAAAUCACACGAGCGAGUUCACACUGGAGAGAAGCCGUACUACUGUACUCAGUGUGGGAAGAGUUUCACCCACUCAAGUAAUCUAGUGAAUCAUAUUAGAAAUCAUUGUUCUGUGUCACAGUGAGCAAAUGUUUUGUUAGAUUCACACAAAGUAAAUGUGUAGUUAGUAAACUAAUAAACUAGUAUUGCUGUGAAAUGCUAGGCUACAUGAUUUGUGUUUUAUAUGUUGGAGAACAAGAAUAAUAUUGAAAAUUAUUUGGAUUGAACACUUACUCAAGCGUUCUGGAAAGAAAUGUUAGAAAAACAACAACAAUCAGUUGUCGUUCACAUUGUCACAGUAUGGGUUAUGUUUCCUGGUGUCCACUAGAAAUCCUCCUUUCACCCUCAGCUUCAUUCACAUUAGAAACUGCAUUUCCCACAAUCCUUGUCUGUUCUCAUCAUUGUUCAUUGCACCCAGAUGCCCCCCUUUAUGAUUGUUAGUCUGUGGCUGCGUUCGGAAUCGCAUACUUGCC